UGUUAUCUAGGACAAUAAUGCAGAAAUAAACGAAGUAUUCUACGUCAAUAUCACUGCCGUUCAACUCCUCAAUUCAUAUUCUCUCCCUCCUGAAUAUUCUCCGCGUAUAAACCCAUCCAGUCAAAUCGCCAAGGUCGUUAUCUCGGAGAAUGAUAACAGACGGGGAGAGCUGAACUUCAAUAUCAGUCAUCUUUUAAAUCCUAGGACGGGGAUAAUCAGGGUUAACGAGGAUAUUGGGGUAGUACGGGUACCCAUUGUGCGUACAGGGGGUACAUAUGGUGCAGUUGGUUUCGAGUACCGUCUUGUCCCCUAUACAGUUAACGACAACGACUACAGCCCCACGAAGGGUGAAGUACUAUUUCAGGCUAACGAGACCACUCGUGUUUUGGUUAUUAAUAUAACUGACGAUGACACAGCGGAGGUUUCCGAGAGCUUCCGACUAGAGAUGACACAACCGAUUGGCGGCGCGAAACUCGGAGCUCAUCGGGAAGUUACGGUCGAAAUAAGAGCCAGCGAUCAACCUUAUGGAGUGUUUGAGUAAGUAGUGAGUCAAAGGAUAGACACAGACGCACGCUUUUCUAAAUUAUAUGCCUACAAAACUAAACUAACUUUAUUUUAUACUGGAAGGCUCUAUCUGUUCUAAACUGUUCUCCCUAGAGGUCCAGUAAGGGCAUUAGUCCAGAGUUGCUACAGGAGGAAAUCUAAACUAACUGUGUUUAUACUAUUUCUGCACUGUUCUCCCUAGAGUAAGUAUCAUACAUUAUUGAUCCCGUGUAACUGAAGGAGGAAACCGGAAUCCUGGAGAAAAUUAUAACCAAACUAUGUUCUAUUGGCAACUUUAAAAUAUGAUGUUUAGGAAUCGAUGUUUUAUGUGUUUUGAUGCAAAUGUACUUUAUUUUCAGGUUUUCAUCUCCUCAGACUGUUCUAAUAAAAGAGGGUAAUGAAGUUCGUCUGACUGUUGUGAGAUUGCAAGGCAGUUUCCGGGAAGUUCGUGUUUCUUGGAAUAUCAGUGUUGACGCUUUUCCCGAUAUCUCUCCAGCCAAUGGCACGCUCACGUUUUAUGAUGUAAGUAUGGAAUAUUUCACGAAAAAUGGGCGGACUCACCAAUUGAAAAUAAAAUUUAAAAUUUAUUGAAAUAGCUUUUUUUGCUCGCUAAUUUUUAUUAUCUGCUGAAUAGAACGUCACCAGUCAAGUAAUUCGAAUACGAGCCCGCAAUGACGAUAUUCCAGAGGGUGAUAAGAUGUACGAGUGUUACUUGGUGUCUGCUGAUAAUGGUGGUGUCAUUGGUAGCGACAGAAAGAUCAGAAUACGUAUUGAUGCUAAUGAUGAUGGUUAUGGUAUAAUGGCUAUAGAUCCAGCCACAUCGCUGGUGUAUGUUGGCGAGCCUGAUUUACGAGCUUAUAAUGGAGAAGUUGUGGUUAGGUAGGUUGAGAAAUGUAUUGACAACUGUGAGGCCCUAGUAAGGUUAUUUUUGUUGCUUUAAAUUCUAUUUUACUCGAUUCUGAUUGGUUAAAAUCCGUGCCCGAUUAAACAUUAAUCGGCUCGGUACAGUUUUCACAGUGUGCCAAUUAAAGAUUAAGGUAUGGUUACUUGCUGCGAUUUCUCAUGUUCUGGCGUACGAAAAUUUCUGCUGACGCCAAUAUUCCUCUUCGUUCAGUUUACAGCGAAAUUUGAAAUGCAACCACUUUAUGCGUGCUCAUUAAAUUACAUACGCCAGAAUACGAAUCGUGCACGACAAAUCGCAGCGUGUAAACGUACCUUUAAUCGGCAGAAAUACGAGCCCGCGCACAUUCCGCACGCUGAUGUAGUGCGGAAAUUUAAACACAAAAUCUAAAUAAACCACUUGAAAAUUUAUAUUUUCUGAGCUGUAAUUUUGCAAUGAGCUCUUGAACAGAAAAGAAAGAUGAAAUAAAAUUCUUCACAGUUUUUACCGGAAAAUUACUCUUAAAAUUGAUCACAAAGGCGCGUAUGGCUGUGCUCGCUUGAAUAUAUUUAUAAUACAAUGUUUCUUGUCAUCGAUUGGUCGCAAACUAGACUAUAAAAUGAUGUUAAUAGGAAAUUACACUUGCUCUCGAAGUAUUAAUGAAAAAUCACACUUGCGUUUGGCGAAAUAUUUAUAGUAUAAAUAUUUCGCCAAACACGCGUGCGAUUUUUCAUUAAUACUUGUCGAACUGUGUAAUUUCCUAUACUAAUGUAUUAUAUUUUCUCUUAUUUAGUAUAAUCCGUAAAGCCGGUUCAUACGGAGAAGUUCCAGUGGACUGGGAACUAACAUCAGAUGAGUCUGUAUCUGGUCAAGUGGCUGAGACUUUCAACGUGACAGGAGGAACAGUCAUGUUUGGUGAUGGCGUCAGAAUUAAAAACAUUACACUGCAGGUGAGUAAGAAAUCGUUGAACCUACACAAAAGACUAACGCAUUUCUAACUAGAGGGCACUCGGAGACUGCAUACCUAAGGCUGAAGUUUAAUGAGGUUUAUCAUCUCAUUAUUGUCUUAGUACUGCGUGCAUACAUUAUACACGUCCUAAUUACGCAUUCAGUAAGUUUUUUUUAAUUGACCGGGAAAAGCAAGACAAAAUUUUGUUCAUUUCUCGUUCAAUUUUUAACCAAAUUCAACCAAAUUUUAAUCAACUCUUCCUUAGCCGAUGGGAAAUGCAUUCAAAAAAUUUCGUAUGAAUAUGUUUGGUAUUUCUUGAGUUAUCGUGCUCACAGACAAACACACAUACACACACACAUACACACAUACAAACCCAGAUGAUUACAUAACCUCCUGGCGGAGGUAAUGAUAUCUCAUGCAAAUACGGAGGUCGAGUGUAGGUAGUAUUCUACAAUAUAAGCUGCCAAGGUUUGUGUCUGAACUACCUGAAUAAGACAUCUCAAAUGCAGAGAUCCAGUGAAUAGGUCUGAAUACUGGUGGGUACUGAUUUCCUGAUGAGAGGCCUUCAAUCAUCGAAGUGCUUUUAAUUCUGGUUAUAAAUACAAACCACGGUAGAUUAAUUUGUGUUAGUCUAGUUUAACGAUCGUGUUUAUAUUAGUGAAAUUAUUCCUCUCGUCUGGGCAGUUUCCCUCCUUUUUGUGUUUACCAAAUAAACAACCCCUAAAACAUGUUAUUACUUUUCAUAAUGUCCUUCAGGUGAAGCAAGACACCUACCCCGAAGAGACUGCAAACUACACCUUACGUCUAGUUGGAACACGUGACGCACGCAUCGACCAGUCAGCUUCGCUGGCGUCCGUUGUCGUUGUGUCCAGCGAUCAUCCUUACGGUAUCAUUGACUUUGUUGGAGCAACGUCCUACAAUAUUUCAGAAGACGUUGGUCUUCUGACUUUGAACGUUGUUCGUAAUAAAGGGCACACUGGAAGACUGCUGGUCAUGAUUAACGUCGCCUCAUCUGGUGCAACUGAAGGCGUGGACUUUGAAGUAUCACCAAAAGGUUUGAUUAUUGUAUUUUAUUUUUGA